AUGAUGCGCUCCGUGAUCCCUCUGAUCGUCUCGCUUGCUUCGCUUGUCACUGCCAUCCAAAUCACCAGUCCCGCUGCCAACACCACCUACGCAGCCGGGUCCACCAUCACCGUCAAUUGGACCAGCGUCGAUACCGAUCCGACCAACUUCAGUCUUUAUCUCUGGAACUUUGUGUCCUGGCCUCCCUCUUAUGUUCCGCUGGCUACGGACGUCCUGACGUCGGAUCUGUCUCACUCUGUCCAAAUCCCAUGCGACACCAACCCCGAAUGGGGCUACCAGAUCAGCGGCAUCAACGGCACCAACGUCUACAUCAUCUACGCGCAGGGAGAUAAAUUCACUGUCUCCAAGCCCGUCACCGCUUGUGUGGACUCUGGUCUUUUGCCGACGACUUCCACCUGCCCUAGCGCUGCGACGUCUACCGUUUAUGUCACGGUGAGCCCCACCAGUCCCAGCUCCAGUUUUUUCAAUCAUCAUUCCCACGUCAAUCAUCAUACCCACGUCCUUCCUGCUCCGUCCUCCAGCACUACUAGCACUUUGACCUCUGCAUAUGUAAAGCCCGGAAUUGUGCCUAAGACUAUUGGUUGGUGUUCAGACUAUUCCCACCCUGUGACCUUGGACAAGGUUCCCACUCCGACUCCCUCAGUGGCCAACGAUAGCCAUGAAUCCGAUACUUCGCCGGUGGUCACCGCGAUACCGAGCCAGAUCACUGAUUCUCCUGGCCCCCGCACGACGACUAUCACUAACACUGUGAGUGUGAUGGCUUGCCCGAAGGUGGAUGAGUUUUGA